AUGGAACACACGUACAUGAAAUGUUGCAAUACUGAGUUCUUCAUCUAUAUUGUAGCAGUUGUGUUUCUAGUCUUGUGUGCUGGCCUAAUGUCUGGUCUCACUUUAGGCCUCAUGUCUAUGAGCAUUAUUGAUCUUGAGGUUCUUGCAAAAUCUGGAACCCCUAAAGACCGUCUCCAUGCUUCAAAGAUAUUACCCAUUGUGAAGCAACAACAUCUAUUGCUAUGUACGCUUCUGAUCAGCAAUGCUGCUGCUAUGGAGGCACUUCCUGUUUUUCUUGACGAGUUAGUGCCAGAUUGGGGAGCAAUUCUUCUUUCAGUGACAUUGAUACUUCUCUUUGGUGAGAUCAUACCACAAUCUCUCUGUACAAGAUAUGGGUUAGCCAUUGGUGCAACUGUUGCUCCACUUGUCCGCAUUCUUAUUUGGUUUUGGUUUCCGAUAGUCUAUCCAAUAAGCAAGAUCUUAGACUACCUUUUGGGGAAAGGGCACAAAGCUCUAUUUCGGCGAGCUGAAUUGAGAACACUAGUUGACAUGCACGGUAAUAAGGCAGGAAAGGGGGGAGAAUUAUCGGUUCAUGAGACAACUAUAAUUGCAGGAGCACUUGAGCUCACUGAGAAGAAAGCAAGGGAUGCCAUGACUCCUAUAUCUGAAACUUUUGCUAUUGAUAUCACUGCCAUCCUUGACAGGGAACUGAUCAAUUUAAUCUUGGAGAUGGGACAUAGCAGGAUUCCAGUGUACUACGAACAUCGAACAAACAUAAUUGGACUUGUCCUGGUAAAGAAUUUGGUGACACUAAAUCCAAGGGACAAGGUGCCCGUGAAGAAUGUAACAAUACGGCGUAUCCCAAGAGUUUCAGAGACAAUGCCAUUGUAUGACAUACUAAAUGAAUUCCAGAAAGGUCUCAGCCACAUUGCUGCAGUUGUUAAACAGCCAGAUACCACGACCGAGAAAGAAAGCGUCAACCUGUGGAAUGGUGGUGAGGAAGAACUUACAGUCCAUAAAUUUUCUUGGCAUUUUCCCAUAGUCUAGCUCAUCUAUUCCUCUGUCUCUGUCUUACUUUUCCGAGCUGAUUUCUACAUGUGCAAUGCCACACUUCAUUAAUAGAAGUGAGAUUGAACAUUCCUGGAGAAAGCUGUUAUCGGAUGAAAAGCUCAAGGGCUGGACGAUCACUGAGGAAGUCGAAGAGAUUCAGUGCAAGUAUCUCACGAAGGGAAUUCUCAA